AAUCAAUUUGGGUCGUUUGGCCAAAUAUACGUGCAGUCCUUAUCAAUCAUUGUGCCACAGCCGAGUUCAGGGGAGUCCCACGGUUCGCUUUUCGGCGAUGGCCUGGCUCCUGGGACGGGGCACCCUGGGUCACCUGAUGAGAGCUCUGGGGGUUGGGCUGAGCCGUGCUGCCGUGACAAGUAUAUUUCCUUCUCCUCCCUGGCGUUGUCUAAUCCACACCCUGAGGAACCAGCUCUCCUCAGUCCUCAAAUUCCUGGUCAGCUGCUAGCCACCCCUCCCCAGGCUCCCCGUUCACGGCAGACCUCAGGAUUGGCUGUUGAUUUGGCCAGGAGCCAGGAACGCCCUGUGCCCGAAGCUCUACUCUACCUGGCGAGCUCUCGCCUAACCUUCAAACCCAAGCCCUUUGUACCCCUCCUGGACAGAUCCCCGGGUUCAAGCCUCCACUCCAGGGCACUGGGGAAGAGGCUGGGACACUAUGGGAAGGGCAGGGUCAAGGUGGGACCUGAGGGCCCUUGGGGCCAAUGCCACCUCCCUGGGGACCCCUCCCCACAUAGGUUAUGCGGCCAGGUGGCUGGAGACACUGGGCUCAGGGCCAGGCGCUGUCUGCCGGGACACCAGCGAUGCCGCUGUCUCCCUCUGAGUCACCUGGCCUCAGUUUCCUCAACCGCAGAAUACAGGUAACAACAGUGCCAGCCUCAGGACUCACGUACGUCACCUGGCUGACACGUGGGUAACCCACGAUUGUCUCCUUUGUUAUCAACGAUGCCGUCUCCACUCCCCCCUCCUCCCAGCUGCUCUGACCCAUGGAUGCACUCGGCUGGACCAAGACCCGAUGGCCCUGGCAACAGUGUCUCCUCGGGCUGCUGCUGCAACUGUUUCUGGCUCUGUGCUUCUUCUCUUACCUGCGAGUGUCCCAAGACACGCCCUUGUGGUCCGCCAGGUCGGGGGCCGAUGCGGCAGAAGCUCUCGACGCGGCUCCCAACGGGUCCUCAGGGAUGGUGUCCUCCCAGGGGGCGCCCUGCCCGACCCCCCCUGGGUCCUCUGCCCGCCCGCCCCUGGUGCUCCUGCUGUGGACAUGGCCAUUCAACCGCCCCGUGCCUCUGUCCCGCUGCUCGGAGCUGUGGCCGGGCACGGCCGACUGCCGGCUGACUGCGGACCGCAGCGUGUACCCUCAGGCGGACGCGGUGCUGGUGCAUCACCGCGAGGUCAGCUACAACCCGAGGAAGCAGCUCCCCACGUCCCCACGGCCGCCGGGCCAGCGCUGGGUCUGGUACAGCAUGGAAUCGCCCAGCCACUGCGCGCAACUGAAGGCCCUGGACGGAUACUUCAACCUCACCAUGUCCUACCGCAGGGACUCGGACAUCUUCACACCCUAUGGCUGGCUGGAGCCGUGGCCCGGCCAGCCGGCCUCCACGGUGGUCAACGUCUCGGCCAAGACGGAGCUGGUGGCCUGGGUGGUGUCCAACUGGAGGGAAGACUCAGCCAGGGUGCGUUACUACCACCUGCUGAAAGCUCACGUCCAGGUGGACGUGUAUGGGCGCUCCCACAAGCCACUGCCGGAGAAGGCCAUGGCCCAGCAGCUGUCCCGGUACAAGUUUUACCUGGCUUUCGAGAACUCCUUGCACCCCGACUACAUCACCGAGAAGCUGUGGCGGAACGCCCUAGAAGCCUGGGCCGUGCCCGUGGUGCUGGGCCCCAGCAGGAGUGACUACGAACAGUUCCUGCCCCCCGACGCCUUCAUCCACGUCCACGACUUCCAGAGCGCCGAGGAACUGGGCCGGUACCUGCAGGCGCUGGACAAGGACCACGCCCACUACCUGAGCUACUUCCGCUGGAGGGAGACGCUGCGACCUCGGUCAUUCAGUUGGGCCCAGAUGUUCUGCAAGGCCUGCUGGAGGCUGCAGCAGGACUCCACCUACCAGACUGUGCCCAGCAUAGCUGCCUGGUUCACGUGAGCUGGCCGGGCCGGGGCGGGGGUCGCCCCACACCACACCCCUGGGGACACGCCUGCCGGGACGCGGGUGGCCGGGGAGCUCGCUUAGCUGGGGCUUCACCCGCUGGCCACCUCUGCUGCCAGGAGACCGGCCCGGGCCACCUUUCCUGCCAGGGGCCUCCCCGCCCGGGGGGGGGGGGGUCUCACCCACUUGCGAGGAGCCUCACCCGCUGGGGACCCCACCCACGAAGGCACUCAGGCCCUGGGGAACCGGCCUGGGGGUCCCACCCGCUGGACGCGGUUCUGCUGGGUUUGCUUGUGGUUGCCCUCUGCUGUUGUUAACCGCCUGUGGGGUGGCAGGCGGGCAAUGUUGGCACCAGACUCC